UUCUUAACUUUAUUAUUUAUAUAAAUCUCUGCAUACUUUUAGGAAUACUUGAGCAAUUUUUAACGUAAUUAGAAAUUAAUAAAAUAUUUAAAGGAUAUUUCUUCAACGUCAUGUAACUGUGUGUGUCUUGUGGCAUUUGGCGCCUUUUCUGCGCAUGCCUGCUACAACCCUUAUUGUCGUUUCAAGAAAAUGUCAAAAUUAUUGUUGUUGUUUUGUGUUUGUCAAAAUGUUUUUUUGGCUGAGCAAACAAAGAGGGAGAGAGAAAAACUUGUUCCAAUCAGAAAAACGACGAAGAAAACCAGUCAACAACGGGGGUUGACGACUUAAAUGCUUGUUAGCCUGCCCUUUUCGGUCGUUGGAAAAUUGUGAAAAAAAAUGAAAUAAUUAAGAAAAUAUUUAAAAGAAAGCUAUUGUGUUGUGUGUUGAUAAAAGAAAUAUAUAUUAAGAAAAUCAAAGAGAAAUAAGUGCAAAAUAAGAGAGAAAAAAGUUGUGAAGCAAAAAUAAGGCUUGCCAAGAAAAAAAUAAGAAAAUUUGCGUGUGAAUGAAAAUUAAAUUGUGAAAGAAAGUGUGAGUGAAUGAUUAAGUGGCUAUUCCCCAGCCUUUGCUGAAAAUUCAAUCAAGGGAAUUCCAAUUUUUGUCUAGCCCAUCAGCCGUAAUUGCCAUCAACACCACCUGCCAUCCUUGGCAGUAGGAGCCACCGUCUUUAGAAACGUCCAUGCAAAGCAGCAGCAGCAGCAGCAGCUAUGUCUAAGAAGAUUCCUUUCAAUGUGGUAUUUGCCUCCGAUGAGGAUCCUAAUUAUCCUGCCAGCGAACUGAAUACCCACGGUCCAACAGUACACGGAUGGCGGAGUGCACCAAAUAGUACCAUGUCACCGCAUGACAUUGUACUGAGAUUUCACAAACCAGCCAAAAUAUAUCGAAUACAAUUGUUAGCCCACCAAUAUUUGAUACCUGAAAAAGUCGAACUCUGGCUGCACUACUCGCCCAAAAGUAUACCCAGUACCCCUUCCUCGCAAUGUUUCGAUUUCCUGGGCUUUGUCGCAUUGGCCGACAAUGCGGCCACAAAUUACAAAUCACGAGAGCUACAAAGCGUCUCGGUGAAUCCUCGCAAGGGUACCCAUCUCAAGCUGCGUCUAAGCGGCCCCCAUGCCAAUGAAUUCAAUACGGAAAAUCAAAUUGCCUUAAUUGCGGUCAAUGUUUUGGGUGAAGACCUGGAGGCGAGUGGAAAUCCCAGUAAAGAGACGGAAGAAAAUGGCAGUAACUCUUUGGCCACAGAAUCCGGUUCGGAGGGCUCUGAAUUGCCGCUGGCCUCCAUGUGUGAUGAUCUGCUGUUCUCCAUGUACGUGGAAGAGUCCAUAGCGGAGGUGGUGCGGGAAAUGGAAGAGCGCAAAGCCAAGGCAGUGGCAUCGGAACGUUUCGAAUAUGCCCGCAAGCUGAAGUUGUGUAUGUGCGCCCUGCGUUCGGCCGGUGAGCGUUUGGGCCGUUAUGCCCUGGCCAAGAGGCAGGCGGUGCAGCAGGAGGAUUUCACCACAGCCAAGCUGAGAAAGGAACAAAUCGAAAUGUACAAAUCGGCGGUGUUUAGACAUCUACUGGUCGAUGAUUUGCUGGAGCGGAAUGGAGAAUCCCUGGCAGCCAAUGAUGUGGCCUGUGAGGUAUAUGCCUCUAAACCCGUAUUGCCGGUGGCACCCAGUCUGCAGGAUGUGGCCCAGGCCUUGGCCGAGGCCCAUAUGGCCGCCACCAUGAGUCCCAAAAGUUGCCAAGAAGAUAAGUCCUCAACAGAUGGCAACAGCUCCACUGGAGGGGGAGGUGGCAUCGGCGGCGGAGGAGGAGGUGGUAAACAUUUCCAUACAUCCGCUAACAAAUCAACUGAUCAUGUCUCAUCGUUAUCUGCAGCCAACCUAAGGAGAUCCCACGAUGAAAUACCCAUGUCUCCGAAACUCAAUAUGCGUCGCAGCCCUAGUCGCCAUAGUUCCCCGAUGUCCAGUCACCAGGGUUCAUUGCGUCGACGCAAUAAAAGUGCUCCCCGUAACUCCUAUGAAGAAUAUGAAGAUCGAGCCAUACCGACGCUGAGACAUUCGAAUACUAAUGAAUUUUUAAGAGAGUGUCAAGGUACAGCCCUUCUGGAAGCGGAUCCAAAUCGUGGACGUUCACGUCUCAACGAUCGUGAACGUCGUCAGGCAGCUCUGCCCAUAUUGGUGUUUGGCAAUGACAUGGUCGAGCAAUUCUAUUCUCGGCAAUUUCAAGAUCGCGAAGAUGGCUUGGUACGUUUACGCAACUUCCUCAAAGGUCAGGAGACGGAAACCCAACCGCCCGGCAAUUCGAAUACCGAAAACACUGCCGGUCCCAACAAGGUGGCACGCAGUGCUGCUUUUCUCCUACAUCGUGCCGUACGCGAUGCCGUCUAUUCGGUAUUCAAUCAGGCCACAGAAACUGUACGCGUUCUCUUCUUGGAAUAUGUACCCGGACGGGUGUCACAGAGCGAGGUGGCCCGCUGUGUAGAUCGUUUACUGCCCGAACUGCUGGCGAAGUCGGGUGAUCCGUCGGCUCGCAUACACACCUUGGCCCAGCACACGAUACUGAGCAUGGCCUCGUGUCCCGAAGUGGCCGAACAGCAUUUGGUGGCGCCAGCCCUCUCGCGCACUGUCAGUUCGGGUACCCAUCCCCGGCUGGCCUUGAGUCGCAUGCAAAUGUUGGAGCAGCUGGUCCUGAGUCAAGGCAUCAGCACGGACAAGCACAGCGGUUUGACAUGUCGUGCCCUCUCGGAAUGCGGCUGUUCGGGUAUACAUCAUCCGGCGGAGCCGGUGCGUAAAGUAGCCGAGCGGAUUCUUUUGCUGGUGUACAAAGUAAAUCCACGUCUUGUGCGCAAACAGCUACCGCCCGAUGAUGACAUAACGCGGCGUAAUCUGCUGUAUCGCCAGCUAUUCACGGAGUUCGAUAAGCUGGAUUUGGAGCGUAAAACGGAAAUGCUGGAGGCGAAUAAAUAUGCGGGCGGUCAUAGUUCCAGUGAUCCACAAUCUCCUCCCUCAAAUCGCAGUGCUGUGGAGCAUUUACAGUUAGGAGGUGGUGGUGCAGCCAGUGGUGGCAGCUCCGAUAGUCGUGCCAGUCCCUAUGGAUUUUCAUGCAAGUCGCCCGACUCCCAAUCGAGUCCAAUGCGUCGUUCCGAGACCAGAAUCCUAAAAAGUCGAAGUGGUCAAACUCUGGCCCAGGCCAAUAAUCCAGGCACAAGUAAUGGCUACAACAGCAGCGGCAGCGGAGGCGGCAGUGGUAAAUGCAAUGGAAAGCAGCAGUACAAUGAGCUGCUGAAACGUUCCAUGAUAUCGGCCAGUAGUUCGCGGAAGAAUUCCAAUUCGAAUUCAAAUUCGGAGUCAUUUGAAGAGCCGGCGGAUGUGAUAUCUUGUCCAUUCUGUGACUGGUCCUCACAGAGCGGUGAUCAAACUCAGCUGGAUCGUCACUACUGGAAAUCCUGUCCAUUUCUGACAAAAUGUCCCCAGUGUAGUCAAGUCCUGGAAGUGGCUGCCUUAAAUUAUCAUCUGACAAAGGAAUGCGAGGUCAAGGACAACUACAUCAUGUGUGAAAGAUGCACAGAGUCGGUACACAAGCAGCUCUACGAUCUACACCAAAUGGAGGACUAUUGUAGAGAAUUAAAAACCGGUGCAGCCCGUUGUCCCUUGUGCCACGAUGAUGUCCACUUACCUUUGGAUGGUGGCUGGAAGCUUCAUCUGCUGAGUGCCUCUGGUUGCCCAGGCAAUACAAGAAGACGUUCCAAAAAAUCCACUUCAUCUUCGUAAAUUUUUCACCAAAAAGAAAAGAGAGAAAAAAGAGAAUGGAUUGUUUACAAAAAAUACUCGCUCAUAUUUUCAUGGAGAGACUACCAUUUAUUUUUUUCAACUCUCUCACAUACACACACAGUCCACUAUCUGCCUUUAUAAGAUAUAUAUGUAUGUGUUACUGAUAUAAGAAAAAUAAUUUAGAAAAAAAAAAUUGGCUAAAUGAAAUUUGAGGACUUGCAAGCGAAAGAAAAAUAUUGAAAAAAGUAAUCAAAAAAUAUUGAAAAAAAAAAUGGGAGCUUGAAUAUUUGAUAUCUGAAAUGCGAUAAUAAAUUCAUGUUUGGCUCUUCUUUUUAGGGACUUAAAACUUAAGCACAUUUUUGAAACUGAACCUAGACAAAAAAAAAACAAAUGAAACUAAAUUUAAGAUUAAAAAAAAAUUAAAAUAAUUAUAAAAAAGGAAGAAAUCCUGUCUUAAGCUGUUAUGAGACUUUUUGCAGAAACACACAUUUUUUGGAGCUUGAACAUGAACAUUUAAAUUAAAAAGAGAUAAAAUAUAGAAAAAUCGGUUAUAAAGAUGAUUUGAUUUUUUUGUGAAAUUCAAAUCUUUUUUAAAACCAUUAAAAAAAAAAAAGAAAAAUAAAUAUUCUCACGAAUUUUUGCAAAAACCUGCUAUUGAUUGAUAGAUAGCCAUUUCAAAAUUAUAGAUUUAUCGACACCAAUGAAAUCAAAUCGAAAUAAAAAUAGAAUCCAAAAGCACGAACUUACAGGGCAGCAAAAUACUGAGACAUAAAGAGAUGGAUUGAAUUUAAAAGAAAAUAUCAAAAAAAAAAGUAAAAAAAAAUAAAAAAUUUUAAACACACAAAAUUUUCAAAAAAAUAAUAUUUUUGUUAAAAACAAUUAGCAAAGAUUUAGAUUCAGUUUUUUGAAAAAAAAAUAUUUUCAAAACAUUCCAAAAAAUAUUUUUAUAAUUAAUUUUAUUGAAUUGAACUCAAUAUUUAUUCUCAACAGCAUUUCAAAACCAAUAAAGAAAGUCGCUAAGUGGGGCGGACCGACUUUAUGAUACCCUACACCCCUUUGCAUAUUUAGUAGAGCUUCAUAAAACAAAUAAAAAAUAAAACAAAUCGGAUGCGAGCUAUAGCUAUAUUCUGGUACCUCCCCCACAAAGGGUCAACAUUUUGAAUAACCAAAACGAUCAUAAAUUCCGAAAUAAGCAUCCGGUUUUCAUAUUUCACACAUCCCCUUAUUUCUACUAACACAAGAUCUGCGUUGUAGAUGGGAUAUUUCGGUACACUCCUUCUGGUACCUCCCCCACAAAGGGUCAUAGUUUUGAAUAUCCAUGAAACUCAUAAAACGCGAAAUUAACUUUCGAAUCUAACCAGACUUGGUACAUCUCAAUAUUUCCAUCAACACAAGAUCAUUUACAAAGAUGGUAGAGAUCGGGCCAUUCCUUCUGGUACCUUCCACACAAAGGGUCAACAUUUUGAAUAUCUAUGAAGCUCAUAAAACGCGAAAUUAACUUUCGAAUCUAACCAGACUUGGUACAUCUCAAUAUUUCCAUCAACACAAGAUCAUUUACAAAGAUGGUAGAGAUCGGGCCAUUCCUUUUGGUACCUCCCCCACAAAGGGUCAAAAUUUUGAAUAACAAAAAACGAUCAUAAAUUCCAAAAUAAGCUUCCGGUUCUCUUCAUAUUUCACACAUCCCAUUAUUUUUACUAGCACAAGAUCUGCUGUGGAGAUGGGAUAUAUCGGUCCACUCCUUCUGGUAUCUACCCCACAAAAGGUCAAAAUUUUGAAUAUCUAAGAAAGUUCAUAAAAUGCAAAAUUGACAUCCAAUUCCAUUCAGACUUGUCACAUCUCAAUAUUUCCAUCAACACAAAAUCUGUUUUAAAGAUGGUAGGGAUCGGACCAUUUAUUCUGGUACCUCUCCUACAAAGGUUCAAUGUUUUGAAAACCCAAAAAGGUCAUCAAAUCUGAAAUAAGCAUCCGGUUCUCUUCAUAUUUCACACAUCCCAUUAUUUAAACAAGAUCUGCUGUGAAUAUGGGAUAUAUCGGUACACUGGAAAAUUUUGAAUAUAUAUAAACAAUCGAACAUUGGCUGAGGGUAUACAUCUGUCUGCAAUACCUACUGACACUUUGUAACAUGUUUUAAUAUUGUUUUUUUUUUCGAGUUUGCUUCUCCAUUUUUUCCUCUCCAGUAUUUUAAGGCCCCUGUAAGAUUUAUUCAAAACUAAUAAAACAUCUACAGAUCAACCAAACACAACUCUAAAACAAAUUA